AUGGCCAGGGACACAACUAAACAUCGUCCAGUGUACAAGACGGAUCUUCGGGACGGGGGGCGACCCCGGCCCAAGAGCCUGGAAGCGGUCGGGCUACUCUGCGCCAGCGCACGCGAGCUCCUAGGCAGCGAAUCCAACCCUGGGACCCUGUUGUCGGACGGGAAGAGGUCAUUUGCGUCUGAGAAUGUCGUCAACAGGGACCAUGCUCUCCCCAACCCCAGCUGGAACAAGGACUUACGACUUCUCUUUGACCAGUUCAUGAGGAAGUGUGAAGCGGGCUCCUGGAAACGCUUGCCUUCGAACAAUCACAGCCCUCAGAGCUUCCAAGACUUCCAGACCCGUUUCGUUGACCCAAAGCUUCCGAAAGAACAAAUUUCACAGGCCCGGCUUUUCACCCGAAGCUUUGAGGACGGCCUGGGCUUUGAAUACGUGAUGUUCUGCAAUGAUGCUGAGAAAAGAGUAGUUUGCUUUUUUCAAGCAGGUCCUUAUUUGCAGGGCGCACCCGGCUUCACUCACGGUGGCGCCAUUGCAACCAUGAUUGAUGCUACCACUGGCAUGUGUGCGUUUAGAGCUGGAGGCGUUGUCAUGACUGCCAAUCUCAACAUCAACUACAAAAGACCUAUCCCCCUUUGUUCUGUGGUUGUGAUGAAGAGCCAAAUUGAUAAAGUCGAAGGAAGGAAAGUUUUUGUUUCCUGUAAUGUUCGGAGUGUCGAUGAGGAGACCUUGUACUCAGAGGCAACAAGCUUAUUCAUAAAGCUGGAUCCUAAUAAAAAACUGGCUUAGAAGAGCUUCUGGAGAAUCCUACCUCGUUUUUCACGGAAGCCUGCUGACACUGACCUUCAGGACCUGCCUUCUGAGCACCAGGCCCAGAGCUCCCUUCCACCUUCUGUCCCCGAGAGCUUCAGCUGCUCUCUGUGUCUGUUUACCGCCCCCUUGUGGAUCUCCAAAAGCUUGAAUGGGCUCCUCAGUGUCGCACAACCGUGGCAUCUGCCCCACUGCAGACUGAAGGAGAAACCUGCAUUGAAACUUGGACCGCAAACUUGGAAAUGUAGGAAACCGAAUGAAGGAGUAAGUGUGGGGUCGUGCACACAUACAUGUGUGCGUGUCUCACACAUUGGAGUUACACAGCCAUCUUUGUUGCAGCUGAACAAACACACCUGUCUGGCCAGGGUGGGAAACACAAUCGCUUCCUUUAUGCACGGAACCUCAGAUCUCUUGCCCGGAGUCCUAGCCCGGCUCGGCCAACUUUAUUUUAAAUGAGUGACACACGGUAAGUGCUUGAGACGCAUUCCUGACUGUUCCCAGAGGCUACCCCACUUAGGAGGACGUUCAUCUGGGCUGACUGUGAAGCUGUCGAGCGCAGGUACCGUCCUGACAUCCACUCCUGCAGAGGGUGGAGUGUAAUUCUUCUUCCAGUGUGCACUGAUUUAUGACUCACUUCUAACAUAGCAGUGUGGUGUCUUGCCCUGGAUUAUAGACCGACUGUGGCCUCUAUCGGGGCGUUCUGCCUCCCCGCGUUUUGAAAUCUGCUUCAGGGGAGCCCUGUCACUCAGCAGCGGCCUGUGGACAGGUUACGGCAGGUAGGAACUGGUUCCAGCUCAGCCAAACCUCCUGAGAGUGCAGACCUAGGCCAGACCUGUGCUGUUUACAUGGUGCUGGGUUCCUGACCCCUGGAAAUGGCUUGAGAUAGUAUUUUAAACAGCUAAAAUUUGGGGUGAUCUGUAAUGCAACAAUACAUAACAAAGAAUAUAGACGAUUAAAAUGCUAUCUAUAGUGGCACAGAUACUCCCAACUAGCUAAUCCUCUUAGUGGCUUGAAGGGUACCUAAAGGUUUUUAUGUAGCAAGUUUCAAAACUAAUUAUUAGACUGAUACUAGGAAGGAUUAAGAUUUCCUAAGUGUACACUGUAUUGAUUUAUGAUAAAGCUUGGGAGAACUGUUAAAUAAAGUCAUGGGAGUCCAAAUUGACAGUAAUACACAAUAGAAUAUUACUCAGGCAUAAAAAAUGAAAUUCUGUUAUCGGCAGCAACACAAAUGGAACUAGAGGACAUUAAGUGAAAUAAGGCAGGCAUAGAAAGACAAAUACCACAUUUUCCCUCCUAUUUGGAAGCUAAAGUCAUAGCAGAGAGUGGUUACCAGCAGCUGGGAGAGAAGCAGGGAUAGGACAUGGCUAAUAGAUACAGGGGUGCGGCUGCAUAGGAGGAAUGACUUCUAAUGUGUUAGUAGGGUAACUAUGGUUGGCAGCAAUCAGCCAUAUAUUUCAAAAUAAGACAGAGGAUUUGGAACACUCCCAACAUAGAGCAUUGCCAACCCUUUGAAAUGAUAAACACACUAGUUCCCCUGAUCCGAUCAUUCCACACUGUAUAUGCAUAUUAAGAUAUCACACUGUCCCCCAUAAACAUGCACCAGUGUUAGUUUUUAAAAUGGGUAACAAAUAACAGGGCAGAAGACCAAGAGUUAGAAGACUGGGACUGAGGCUCGCAAUAGUUAUUUUGUUCCUGAAAAGACAGUUGACUCCAAUAUACAAUAAAUGUUAGCCAGGCAUGGUGGUACACGCCUGUGAUCCCAGCACCCAGGAGGCUGAGGCAGGAGGAUCAC